GCGUCCGUCGUUCAGACGUGUGGUUAUACACGUUUGAAAACGAAAUAAUUUGUUCUCCAGCCCAUACACGCGUGAUUUAAUGUAUUUUUAAAGUUUGUGCACUCGUGUUAUAGUAGUAGACGUGGACAGACUACUGUCGUACGAUAGCCGAUUUUACGUACGCUCUUAAACUUUUGGUGGUAAAAUUAAAUUUUAAAUGAACGAUACAGUGAUUUCUAAAUAAAAGUUUGUGGUUUUUAAUAAAAUGGAUGUGCCGGCUAGAGGAAAUGUUCUGGGCCGGGUGGUCCCAGCCCGUUACAUUCUGGCGGUGUUGGGUUCCAUCGCGAUGGCCAUCAUAUACGGGCUCAAGGUAAACCUAUCAGUGGCCAUGGUUGGUAUGAUGAACCACACCGGCAUCAGGCUGGCUGCGAGCUACCACGAGUUGAACACCUCCAAGUUGAAACAUGUUGAAGAGGUGGUUUGUGAGCCUACCACUAGCGAAGGAAAUAAGACAGUGCAUGAGUUAGAUGGUCCUUUUAUUUGGCCAUCGGAGGUUCAAGGCAUCGUCCUGAGUUGUUACUUUUGGGGUUAUUUUGUCUCUCAAAUCCCUGGUGCCAGAGUGGCGGAGCUGUUUUCGGCGAAAUGGGUGAUGUUCUUCAGCGUGUCCAUCAACGUGGUGUGUACCCUGCUCACACCAGUGAUGGCACAAGCUCAUUAUGCCGCAGUCAUCGUCAUGAGGAUCGGAGAGGGAAUUGGUGGAGGUGUGACGUUUCCUGCAAUGCACGUGUUGCUAUCAAAAUGGGCGCCGCCCGCUGAGCGCAGCGUAAUGGCGGCUCUGGUUUACGCGGGAACAUCUCUGGGAACUGUUAUAUCUAUGCUGAUGGCUGGAGUCCUCACCGCCAACGUAGGUUGGGAGAGUGUGUUCUACGUGAUGGGCGGUCUGUCGUGCUUGUGGUGCGUGCUGUGGGUGAUACUGAUACAAGACACGCCGCAGAAGCAGCCGCUCAUCAGUCACGAGGAGCGACACAUGAUUGUCACCUCACUGGGCGGACAUACUGACGACCAUUCUGAACACAAAAAACUGCCGGUGCCGUGGGCUGCUGUUCUGAAGUCUCCUCCGUUCCUCGCCAUUCUCGUGUCCCACACCUGCUCCAACUGGGGCUGGUACAUGUUGCUCAUCGAACUGCCCUUCUACAUGAAGCAAGUGCUCAAGUUCAACAUGACAGAGAAUGCAGUGACUACAUCUUUGCCAUUCUUGUCGCUGUGGAUAUUCAGCAUGGUUCUCAGCAGAACCUUGGACUACUUACGAGGGAGGGGUGUAAUUACUACUACCACUGCUAGGAAGAUAGGAACUCUGUUCGCAUCCGUGGUACCGGCGAUAUGCUUGUUGGCUUUGUGCUACGUGGGCUGUAACCGCGGCGCGGCGGUCGCGCUCAUGGCUAUCGGCGUCACGUGUAUCGGCGGCAUGUUCUGCGGAUUCCUCUCCAACCACAUCGACAUCGCGCCAAACUUCGCCGGUACUUUGAUGGCGAUGACUAACACCGUAGCCACAAUUCCAGGCAUCGUAGUACCCAUAUUUGUUGGUGUGCUAACGCAUGGCAACGAAACCAUUUCCGCAUGGCGUGUGAUAUUCUUCGUGACAAUCGCACUGUACGUCAUUGAGAUAUUGGCUUAUACGAUAUUCGGUUCGGGUGAGGAGCAGCCAUGGAAUCGUGUGCCAGACAACACCGAAAUAAUUGAGACCAAGCCUCUCAACAAAGAAGAAAAGGCGGCAGAAUAAAAUACUCAAUUGGUAUCUUUAAUUUACCUCCGGCAAAAUUGUUGCUAUAAAUUGGAUCACAAUGAUGUUCAGUAAACUCGGAGUAAAAGAAUAGAAAUAGAAUUGGUUGUUCAUUUGUAA